AGCUGCCAGCGGGGUGGCUGCCGCCGCGGCUUAUUACAGCUGCUGGAGCAGCAGCGGCCCUCGACCCCGGGCACCCCUCCCGGGCCUCGAGCUCCGGCCGCGCACGAACAGUGGCAGGAGAGGGGCAGCAGGAUGAAUGUGGGAACAGCACACAGCGAGGUGAACCCCAACACGCGGGUGAUGAACAGCCGUGGCAUCUGGCUUUCCUACGUGCUGGCCAUCGGGCUCCUCCACGUCGUGCUGCUCAGCAUUCCUUUUGUGAGCGUCCCCGUCGUCUGGACCCUCACCAACCUCAUCCACAACAUGGGCAUGUACAUCUUCCUGCACACGGUGAAGGGGACCCCCUUUGAGACCCCAGACCAGGGCAAGGCGAGGCUGCUAACCCACUGGGAGCAGAUGGACUAUGGAGUCCAGUUCACGGCAUCUCGGAAAUUCCUGACCAUCACACCCAUCGUGCUGUACUUCCUCACCAGCUUCUACACCAAGUACGACCAGAUCCAUUUCAUCCUCAACACUGUGUCCUUGAUGAGCGUGCUCAUCCCCAAGCUGCCCCAGCUCCAUGGAGUCCGGAUUUUUGGAAUCAAUAAGUACUGAGGGUGCAGCCCCUUCCCCUGCGUGGGAUGGCAGGGGAGGGGUAGAAACCUGUGCUGUGAUGCUGAAGACACAAGGAGCCGCUGGGCACCGCCGAAGGUGGGGGUGGAGCCUCUGGGCCCUAGUUUCCCCCUCACUUCUCGCAGUAGCAGACUUAAAGUAGUGGGGGGAGCCCCCCUGGGGCUCUGACCCCUUAUGAUUUUUUUGAUCUUUUCCUUUUGC